CCAUCGGCCACCUCGCGCAUCUCCUCUUUCUCUAUACGACAGAAACAACUCAUAUCCCAUUUCACUCUCUAAAAAAACUCAUCGCUCCAAAAAAAAAUGGCGUCCCCUCAGCACCAUUUUCAACAACACUACCAGCCUCAACAACAAUCUAAAAGUUUCAGGAAUUUAUACGCAAUCGACGGUCAGAUUUCGCCGCCACUUGCUUGUUACAAUACGGCUAAUUUACAGGAUUCGUCUCAGCAUCCUCCUUAUAUCCCGCCAUUUCAUGUUGUUGGGUUUGCACCGGGUCCAGUUCCGGUGACAGAUGGAAGUGAUGGAGGAGCUGAGUUGCAAUGGAAUAACGGGGUUGAUCCUAAACGGAAGAAAUUAAAGGAACAGGAUUUUUUGGAGAACAAUUCGCAGAUAUCUUCUGUCGAUUUUUUUCAAGCACAGUCAGUCUCAACAGGGUUAGGUUUGUCACUAGAUAAUAAUAGUAAUAAUAAUAAUAAUAAUCGGAUGGCUUCUUCGGGUGAUUCAGCCUUGUUGUCACUCAUUGGCGAGGACAUUGAUCUUGAGUUGCAGCGACAGGAUGUGGAAAUUGAUAGAUUCCUUAAAGUUCAGGGUGACCGAUUACGGCAAUCUGUGUUGGAGAAGGUUCAGGCUAACCAGAUUCGGACAAUUUCAUUUGUGGAAGAGAAAGUUUUUCAGAAACUUCAUGAGAAAGAAGCAGAAGUGGAGAAUAUUAACAAGAAGAAUAUGGAACUUGAAGAGCGAAUGGAGCAAUUGACCAUGGAAGCGGGUGCCUGGCAGCAGCGUGCCAGAUACAAUGAGAACAUGAUUACUGCCCUCAAGUUUAGUCUUCAGCAAGUUUAUGCUCAAAGUAGAGAUAGUAAGGAAGGAUGUGGUGAUAGUGAGGUUGAUGAUACAGCUUCAUGCUGCAAUGGCCGAGCCAUUGAUUUCCACCUGCUCAGCAAGGAGAAUAGUGACAUGAAAGAGUUGAUGACUUGUAAAGUUUGCAGAGUGAAUGAAGCCUGCAUGCUCUUGUUUCCUUGCUCAUUCUUUCUUUGAAAGAAAUGUCUUGCAUGUUGAGAAUUCUGCAACAUCACCUUAUUAAGUUGUUGAAUUAGUGGUCAGUGUUAUUCUCUUGUUCUCCAUUCUGUUCUAGUAGUUUUCAUGUUUUCCGUGCUCAGUUGUGUCUGGUUUAAUGUAGUUUAUGUAGCAAUUUGUUAGGGACACCAUAUUAUGUGAUUUAUGAGAAGUUUCUUGAAAUGUGAGAUAUUGUUAAAUGAUUGGAUAAGUUUUAGAACACAACAAGAUCAAUACAUAUUUGAGGUUCAUGGAGUCUAUGUUGUGUAGGUGGUUAUAUAGAAGCAGAAACAUAUACUGUGGGGAUUUAGAAAGUGAGUGUAGGUCAGAGUCUAAUCCCAGGUUUUGUAUGAAAUGCUUCAAGAAUGGUUGGGCAAGGUUUCUCAUCGAGUAUACUGAGUAUAUCGCUUGGUUAUAUAGAAUAUUUGAGGUUCUCUAUUAC